GGUGGCGUCAACGGCGACGCCGACGACGACGACGCAGGAGGUAGACAUCAAGGAUCAUCGAGAUGUUUCGUCCGCACCUUCAUCCAACCGAGACGAUACGGGCGAAGAUGCGCGUCUUCGAAGCAGAUACGACGACAGCAGGUGCAGGAGGAGGAGGAGGAGGAGGCAGCUUAGACGAUACUGAUUUGGCACGGCGAAACAGGUGGCAGCAGCAGAGGGAGCAGCAGCAGCGUGAACAACGUCGAGCGUCGGCUGACAGUGGAAGCACCAGCAGCAGUAGGGGCAGCAGCGUUGCGAACCGGCAGCAGCAGCAGCAGGAGCAGGAGCAGCAGGGUGAUACGACAACAACGCCACCCGGCAUGAUGCCACCGAUCAACGCGAACCAGAGCGUGAUGACUGACUCGCAGGGUUUGAUCCUGCCGAAGAAGCUCGUCAAUCCGGUGCUCGAGUCGAUGGACCGUCAGAACCUGCACCGCGAGCUGAUGUUCAACCAGAAGAUCGGUAAAAGUGUGCUGAACCAAAAGUCGGAACUGCAGCGUGCGCUGGAGAAGCAGAAAGAGCGGCAGGUGCUGGCCGCCCAAAACCUGGCCAAACAGCAGCAAACCGAACACACGAUUGCCAACGAGCUCGGCCGGGUCAUCAUGCAGCGGGCCCAGCGGCUCGAACAGCAGAAGGCAGGCGGUGGCGGUGGUGCCGGUACGGCAACCGACCAAACCGGUGGCUCCAUCAAUCCGGAGUAUUUGAACGCCCGAGCGAAACUGCGCGCGACCGUCGACACGAAGUAACCAAGUUAACCUACCCACCCACCCAUCCGCCCAUGCUCCUCUUUCCCCUUUGGAAUCGCAUUGUUUGGUGCGUGGUUUUCGUUUUCUGCAGAUUGGAGAGGAGGGAAGCAUUGGGACGGUAGGAGAGGAACAGGGUUUUUUUUUAAAAAGAGCGUUAGUGAUAGGAUAGCAUGCAGUGGAGCUCGAUUAGGUCGAUUUUAUUAUAAGAUAUCCCAUCCACCCCCGCCCCCCUCUCCUUCCUUCUCUUUCUAUCCUACCUUCUGCGCCCACCCCUCUCAAAAACACCCCUACCAAAAACAGCGCCCCCCAGAUUGGUCGAGUACCGGAGGAUCCGGGGCCGGCCGCUGUACGCCAGUGCUCCCCAAGUCAACAUUAGCAGGAUAUCCAGGCCAGGUUUAACCCUCGGGACUCGGCAGCGGCAGGAAAGCGGGUGGGUGGCAGCAGAGUGACGAGUAGUGGGGCCGCGGCGCUGGUUUUGUUGGGGACGGAGCGCGCCCGUGAUACAUGUGAUGAGUGUUCUGUGACCGUGGAAGGAAGCAACUACUGUAGGCUUUAAAUAGGUUUAAUACAACCGCGCGUAUCGAUAAUGUACUGUAGCUAGCCAGCCAGCCAGCCAGUGUGUGUGUGUGUGUACGUAUGUGUGAGUGCGUGUGUUUAUAUGUGUUUCUGUAAUAUCUUCUUGUGGUUCAUUGUUCACGCUCGGUUUUGCCUUUUCUAUUUUCUAUGGGACAGAAAAAUUAAAAUCAAAUUCAAAAGCACACACCACACGCACACACAUCCUCGGUGCCAAUUAGUAGCGUUUCUUUAGGAAGCUCGGCACCAGCGCCGCCUUCGCGCGACCCGGUGCAGUCUCAGUAAGAAGACCCACGAAGUAAGGUGGGAAGAUGGAAGGGCUAAAGGCUAAGGCAGGGCAGAGCGGCUAAUACUGAAUGGCUAUUCCAAACCAAAUAUACGGCAGUAACGAACGUCAGGAGUAGAGAACGAACGAUUGUACCACCACACCUCGAUUACCUUUACGAAACGGCAUUGCAAAAUACUGACCCCCCGCCCCAUGGUGCUCGGUGUGACUGACUGCUCUUCCAGAAUCGACCGAAACAUUUAACAAAAAAUCAAGUGUUUAGGAUUUCACACACUAGAUUUACCUUUUUAACAUAUACAUACAUAUUAGAUAUCAUCGAAAUCAAACUCAAAUCACUCACUCAAAGGGUUCUCUCGCGCCCCAUCCACUGUUACGAUAUGUGCGCCAUGAGUAGAACCCGCUCAAAUAGUAGUUGUACAAAUUAAACAGGCCUCAAGGGGCCCGUCUCCUCGAUAGAAAAGAGCAAAGUGAACAAUCAGAAUCGACUGACGGAAAAGAGAGAGAGAGAGAUAACAAAUAACAAUUAGUGCCCAAAUUGCAGCAGGUUGCAGCGGGACGAGCUGCGCUGGUGAUGGAUUCAUUUCGAAAUCGUAGCAGUAUGUACCUUCAAAGCACACCAGUAUUCGGCACCUACAAAUGAGGCAAAUUUUACAAACAAACGAAAAACAAACAAAAACUACACAGGAAGAAUCAACUGAUAGGCCUUAGGACGAUAGGAUAAGUGAUUGGUUGAGCGAUUGGAAUGGAUCCCCAGUACACGUGUUUCAUCGUGUUUUGUUCUAUAUUGAAGUAAUUAGCAGAGCGCGCCCACAGAACUAGCUGCAUUAGUCGUAAUGAUGAGCACGCAGCAAAUCCCUCUUUAUGUAUAAGCUGUUUGCUCUUUAACCCUGAUAGGAUCUAUAAACCGCAGGUAUAUUGUAUUGCAGUAUAAGCGCGACGAUUAUGUGCUACGAAUGGCCAAUCAAAUCUAGCUGGCCGCAUUCUUGGGCAGUUACAAAUGAUCACAUCAUUGUUUGCGUAGAUAACUUAAUCAAUACUCAAUGCAGAAUUCCUUUCCGUGUGUCCCUAGAUUUUGGAUCAUGUUUUUAAUUUUUUUUAAUGAACUAUAGCAUCGUGGCCUCGUUAAGUGUAUGGUUUUUUAACAUAUGUGUUUGGCCAUAGCGCAUAAGCUUUGAUUUGGCCAAGCAGCAAGCCGUGGAUAACGAUUCGCCAACCUUUUUUAAACUGUUUUAACUCAAAUGUUUGCUGUAACUAAACAAUCACCAACAUGGUGGUGAAAUAUGGUCACAGGGAUGCCCCUCGCUGCGAGUCAUCUCGUAAGAGGCACGCAGCAGCAGGGUGGUAACGGGAAACGAAGAAAAAACAAAGGGAUGCUAGCAAGUCAUACAGGACAGCCAUAGGGAUGGUUUGCAAUCUGGAUUCAAGGAGAGACAGCAGUCAUGGAAGCAAUGAUAAAAUAGUUUGACACACACAUAAACACACGUCUGCAGGGUAGCAAGCACACACUCCCCCAUCCCACCAAGGAACUCACGUAGAUAAGGCAAUUGAAGCGAGCGCAACAGGGAAGCAGGAUAAGCAGGAAUACAUUUAUAUACACCCGAUAUUAUAUACCAUUAUAUAAAUACAUUUACAUAUUCCUAUAUAUAUACAUAAACAAUAUACCUGUAGCUGCGAGAGUGCGCGAAGCGAGAUGAUGUAUGUACACCAGUUAGCCAGUCAUGUACACCAGCUGGCAUACCGACAGUUAGUAUAUAAGCAAUCCGAGAAUCAAUUUAGAAGUGAUAGAGCGUAGAAAAAUGAGUGCUUUGCCGUGCGAGGAAUCGCUUCUCCCCCCUCAUUCGAUUGGGUCUCUUUUCGGCGGGAUUUGUGCUUUCCUUCCUGGGAUAGUCGCUUACACGACUCACCAUUAAGAUGUGUUUGAAGAAAUGUGCGAAGAAACGCAAAUAGCAACAAACUAAGCGCAUUGAUUAGGCUAGCAAACGGAUUAGGCCCGCAGGACACACCCCCACACUCACAGCGGGCGGGGUAAGUUGUGAACGAUACACAACACACAACUGACAAACGUGGCAAAUAAAAACGAAAAGGAAAUGUUCUGUU